CUAGACCAGGAUGGUCACGGUACGGGUGGACUCUUGUCCCCAGAGACCAAUGUUGCGUCUCGCGAGCACGAGCACUCUUUGGCACCCGCAUUUCGGAGCGCCCACUCGCCUAUAUCACCGCGCAGAGUCUCGGUUCCGAAGACCAACGGAGAGUCUCCUGAGCGAGGUUCUCGCUUUAUUGGAUCACCGUCCAGGAGGCUGCGGACGACCAGUGGCAGCGGUGGGGCUACUAGGAUGUCCAUGACGUUCGAAGAACUUUCGCCUUCUAGUACAGGUGCUGUGGGAACGGGAAGGCUCAGUAGUGGGCGACUUAGUGGGCUGCGCGAACUUGCUGGGAGUACGCGCACCUCUGUUCAGACCGAAAUGUACAAAAAUGAUUCGUCUCUUCUUGCAGCGGUGCGAGAAGCACGAGGAGGAGGACUAGGGAGCCUGUUGGGCAGACCUCUGUCUUCAACAUCUUCGUCUUCCUUCCUGGGUCCUGGCAGUACUGGAUUAAACGCUACGCCCUCAGCAGCUUCAACUACGAACAGCCUAAGUAGUACAACUGGUGCUCCUGGUGUGAGUCCGAAGAGCAUGGCGUUUGGUCGAAGCCUCGGCAGUGCGAAUGUGCUGGAUACGAAGUUGGCUGCUUUGUCAAUGCUUGCGGCGCGGGACAGGGAAAAGUCGGUACAGGAGAGAGCUGCGGCACAACUGCGCAGUGAGGGACUAGUGCGAACGACAGCGCUUUUCUGGCUAGUGGGUGAUGACGAUGAGCAGGAUACUAGCAAGUCGACUAGUUGUUCUAGCACUACUACUAGCACUACUAGUUGUACAACGUUGUUGUCGAGGUUCACGAGGUGGCAUGCGAUCAUUCUGCUGAUCGGAAUUUUCCUCAGACUAGAGACGGGACGGCAUGCACACAGCGGCCAGGGACAAGCUCCGAUGUUUGGGGACUUCGAGGCACAGCGCCAUUGGGUUGAAAUAACAAAUCACGUUCCGCUUUUGGACUGUUAAGUGUUCCCCAAAUCCAUCUUCAAAAGCAU